GAAUGUACGUAACCGCGGAUUUUGACUUUUCCAGGAUGUAAAUUCGCGCCAAAAAUAGUUGAAACCGCUAAAAUUCAACUACGCAAAUUUCAUAAGAAAGAUAAAGUUUGGGAGAAGGUUUGGCAUUUAAGUGAAUUAAAGUGUUUUUCAUAUUAACAUUCGAUUAGUUUUGUGUGACCAAUCAUCCAGAGCAUUUCGCUAAAAAUUACAACACGGUCAGUGUACUGUCGCGCGUUAUAACGAUAUUUUAAUAACAUUUAAGAAUUCCUGCCACGCACGCACUAUUUGCGAGUUUUAAUUUGUUGUGACAUCCGACCUCGGUUCAAAUCUUACUGCUGAGAACGUGUUCAACUAAUUACAAACUGGUGGAGCUGCAAACGGGUACCCGUGCAAUAUUCGUAUCGUCAUAAUUUAAAUAAAACUGGUACGGGGUGAAAACUAUUGCAAUUUAGUGACUGUCGUGUCUCAUUAAACGUCCCCGAGCGGAAUAUUACGUACAGACGUGCUAACUGCCAGAAAGUUCAUUAAAGCCGUGACACAUCCUGCCCUCAGUUCUGGAACAUGAUAUUUAGCCGGUAGACAGGAUGAUGGGGAAAACUGUCUUCAUAUUUCAGUUGCUCUUAAUCAUAAUAUUUCUAAACUUCUCAUUGUGCAUCCGAAAUGAGGGAAACAUAUAUAACUCCGAAGGAAGAAAUCGACAAAAUAUAAUAAGAUUCUCCGCGGAGGAUGCCCUCAUACCAAUUACGGACCCUACAGCGGGGAAUGUCCAACAAGCUCAACCGAACAAAGCUCAAGACAAAUUCACGUUCUCGAGUCAACGAUACCAAUAUUCCGUCAACAAUCCACAAGAUACGACAAAAAAUUUUGGACGCAGAAAAUACGUUGAUCCUUCUAUAACAAGCAGACAAAGAGGCACUCCUCCCAACGCGCUCUUUAACACGGGUGAACACUAUCAAAGCUCCAGCAAUUAUUACAAUAGGCGGCCAUCUUCGAAUUACCAUCGCCCGUAUGGCGGACAAUAUGAAUCAAAUGCAGUCGAUACAGACAAUGUCGUGACGAACUAUCAAUCCUACGGAGAUAAUCCUAAUUACUUCCAGGACAAUUACGCUCAUAACUAUAAUUACCCUGGAAACAAGAGACCUAAUUAUAAUCUCAGAGCAACACCGCCACCUCGUCCCCCACCAGUUCCUUCACAAUCACCUUAUCCAUACGAUUAUCCUUAUCAACCGCAAUAUGAUCAAAGCGGCAGACCACCACCGCCGUAUCCUUAUCCACAUCCUGAAUCUAUUCAGCAGCAAUCUCCCUAUGAUUAUCCUUCAUAUGCGAGUCUAUUCAAUAAUUUCCAAGCUUUUUCCAAUCCUUUAACAAGUCUAUUCAGUGGCUUCACUGGUGGAGGCAGACCGUCGAAUCCUUUAGGCUCUCAAAUUACAAAGGCUUUAGAGAACAUAUCUGCAAACGAUGACUUGAACUGCGUACCUAAAUUAUUGUGUCAAAUGAUUGGGAAUCCGGAACGACGCGCUGAAUUACCAGGAUUUCUUACAGCACCAGCAAUAACAUCAUUGAUUGCAGCAUUGCCGGUAGCUUCGCCAGCACUCGUAUAUGGACGCGCAGCUUUGCUAGGAUUCACAGGAGGUGAAGAAAGUUGUGAAAGUACUUACAACAAAUGUCCUUCAAACGAGGAUGAUUUACUCUACUAUUUGAAUAACCACCGAGGAGGCUUCUUCAGAUUCUUCAAUGGAGGUGAAUCAUUCAGUGAAGUCAGCAGUAAUUUCCAGGAUCCACAAUCGCAAUAUACAGGCAGCAGACCACAAUCACAAUACACUGGCAGCAGGCCUCAGUCAACAUAUUCCGGUUCAAACCAAGGAGCCCUGCAAUCGCUAUCAGACUCCGCCUCUCCAGCUGGAGGUGGUUUCAAUCUCUUAGGGUCCUUAGCAUCAUUCUUUUUACCUGGCUUUCAAAGUACUAGCAGUGGAUCCGAUGGGUUAGUAUCAGUAGUUGGAAAUUUACUAGGUGGGUUGUUAGUAGGACAACAACGAACGAAAUCUAAAAAAGUGUCGAAACGAAGCAUCGAUGUCGUCGAUACAAUAGACGAUAUAAAUACCAAAGAACCUAAUGAUGUUUUAAAGGCUGACGAGACAGUUCAAGAAGAACCAAAAACUAAUGAUGCAACCUACAGUGAAGAUGUAGGUGCUUCAAUUGAGGAUGAGUUAGAGGGUCGAAUUUUGAAUUAUAAAAGGGGUAUCCUUUCUGAAUCUAACAACUAUGAUUCACUAGUAAGGUUCCCAUUUGACGAUCAAUCCAACUAUGCAGAUAAUUAUCGUUAUGGAAAGGAUUUCGACUUUGAGCAUUACAAGAAUCAGGAUAUAAAUAAUUACGAGAGAUAUCCACCUUACAAUGACGUUGAUGAGCGGCCAUAUCGAGGUGGAAAACAAAUAAGUUUCAAAGAUGAAAAUGACCAGGAUUCGGACAGAUAUUACCCUUCAUCAGACUAUAAUAGAUAUCAAAACGACAAUGAAAGGCCUCAUCAAAUAAAAAUGGUAUUUCCCGACCGUACUGGAACAGGCAAUCUACGCUUUGACAAUUCUGACUUCGACAGAGAUCGGGAUCGUGACCAAGAUCGUGAUCGUCACCGUGAUUAUGUUCGUUAUCCUGACCGAGUUCGAGACCGCGAUCAAUAUAAUGAUGAUAACCGCGACUAUAAUCGCGAUCGGUACUCUAAAAGAUACGGAAAAAUCUUGAAUAGACCUAAUUAUAGUAAAUACGAAACAUAUUACGAUUAUGACGAAUACUAUAAUAAGCGAAAACCUUACUACCCCUCUAAUACUCACAAGAACGAUUACACUAAUUCAAACAGAUAUGAAUAUACAACUACACGUCGUCCUUAUUACAACAGGUACGAAACGACAACCCGAAGGCCAAUUUAUAAUGAUGACUACUAUGGGAAUAAUCAUCUAAAUCGUUACCCAAGCUCGUCAUCCUCUCGCCCUUCUGGAGGUGAGGGUUACAUUUACGUCACCAAUUCGAAAGGUGUUGUGGAUCACUAUAUCAAGCCGAAUGGACAAAAGGUUUACGUGUAAAAGGACAAUUGUUUUGUAACCUUUAACGAAAAUAUUGUUACGAUAGAUUACUUUAGGAUGAAGUAUGUAAUUUUAUUUACCUAGUUUUAGAGCCCCAUUUGCGUGUCAUCUUAUAAUUUAUAAUCCACCCCUAAAAUCAUUGACUGACACUAGCCCUUGAGUAUGUGAUUUCAGUUGUUCAUUGUUACAUCAGAAAUAUAAUAAUAAUCUUUUUAGUGACGGGA